AAGAGCAAUUAAAGGUGAUAAACGUUGUGAGGCCUCAGCUAUCCAUUCUCAAAGCGGCUGACAGGUAAGUUGUGGAUCAACUGAGACGCUCAGAGGUAUGUCUAUGGCUCUGUUUCAUGCAGGUAUAUUGGGUAUUUUUGGCCAAAGACUGUUUUAUAUACCUAUGGGAUGUAAGGUGAAUUGAAUCGUGCUCUCCUCCAAGCUUGCAAUGUCUCUCAGUGAAGCUUACAGCUCACAGAGUGAUAAGAUGCCGAUUGAAACACAUGUGCUAGCCUUGGGUGCUCAUCCCUCUUGGGUUGGCAUGGAAGGGAAGAAUCAAAAAAAGCAAACGCACAGAAAAUGAAGCACAUAGUUAAAUGAAGCAGGGUUGCCAACUGUCAUACAUCCGGCAUAACACUUUCAAAUUUACGGCAAAUCUAUAUUAUUCCAUUAUAAACCUAAAAUUAGCAACAUCAAAAGUGUUGGGGUACUUUGCAAACCCUACAGAUUAUUUACAAGGUAAUAAAACUGCUGCAUACAUGUAAAUGCGUGUGCAUGGGCAUGCAGACUUGACUCGAACUGGAAAGCUCACACCAGCCAACUGACCAAAGUUGGCAACCCUGCAUAAAGUGAGAUAAUGAUAAAUGUAACGGCGAAAGUUAUUAGCAAUGUAAGGCUAAAUGUAACACUAGGGUGCUAGAAACGCUAAAUGUACUAACAUGGCUGAUGGUAGCGUAAGGCCAAGUGUAACACAAGGUUAUUAGCAAUUUUACGGUUAAAUGUAACACAAGUUUUGUAGUAAUGUAAGGGUAAGUGUAAAGCAAAGGUAUUAGCAAUGCAAGGCUAAAUGCAGCACAAUUCUAUUCAUAACGUAAGACUGAAUGUAACGCUAAGAAACAUAACGCUAAAUGUAACAACGUAGCUAAUUGUAAUGUAGGGUUACCAGAAACGUAAGGUUGAAAGGCUAAACUGUGGUGUUUGCUGUCUGUUCUCCUCAGGGACUAUGAACGUGUCUAGUAGCCUGGAGCAGAAUGUACGUCUGCUAGAUAAAGUGAAAGCAGGCAUCCACUGGGGGAGCUUCAUCACCACCACUGUCUUCAGCUAUAUGGUGGUGACCAUAGUGCACAGGACGCCUAGGCUGAGGAACAAGCUACAUUAUGUCCUGCUGUGCCAGCACUGCUUCUGCAUAUCUGGCUUCAACGUGACGGGAGCACUGCUGCACACGAUGCUGUCCCUGCACAUGGCCAUGCCCCGUAUCGUGUGCUGGCUGCUGUUCGGCUCGCAGGUGGCGCUAGCCCGCGGCCUGAUGCUAACGCUCACCCUGAUGGCUCUGAACAUCUGCCUGUGUGUGUGCUGGCCACUGCGUUACCGAGAGAUUGUCCACACCGUGAAGAACAAGGCCAUAAUGGGCGCCUGGCUGCUGGCCUUGCUCAGCCCAGUGGUGUUCACGGGCAUGGCCUGCGCUGAGGCCCAGGAGGGAUACCUCACCGAGCUGGACCCCGCCUGCCACACACCCAUGGAGGGCUGGGCCUCACUGCUGAGUGCUGCAGUGCUGCUUGGACUGCUCACUUUGCUCAUCAUGCUCAGUUACGUUCUCAUUUAUAAGGAGGGUCGCCGGGUGGGACACUUCUCUGACGCCAACUCCAGGGGCUGCCGCACCAUCCUCAUCCACGGCCUACAGAUCAGCCUGCACAUCCUGCCCGGCAUGCUUAUCAUCGCCAGACUCAGGCUGGGUCUGGUCGGCGCACUGGUUGUAUUUGUGGUCUUUUCCUUGGCUCAGUCAGUCAGUCCCGUCGUCUACGGUCUGCGAUGCCAGGAGAUCAGGACCCAGCUUCCGCGCUUCUUCCCAUGUUGGACUCAGAGAUGCAGCAAGAGCAGCAACAUGGACAUGAGCAUGGAUGACAAUGGGGACAACAGCAUGGGAAUCAACAUGGGCAACAACAUGGGAAUCAACAUGGGCAACAACAUGGGAAUCAACAUGGGCAACAACAUGGGAAUCAACAUGGGCAACAACAUGGGAAUCAACAUGGGCAACAACAUGGGAAUCAACAUGGGCAACAACAUGGGAAUCAACAUGGGCAACAACAUGGGAAUCAACAUGGGCAACAACAUGGGAAUCAACAUGGGCAACAACAUGGGAAUCAACAUGGGCAACAGCAUGGGGAACAAUUUGCAAAUCUGA